AUGAAGACCAUUAACAAUCAACAAGUGCAAAAGAGUCUAAGAGAGUUUGAUGAGGAAGAUAAGAGGCUCAUGCUGUUAAACAAUAAAGCCAUUAACAUGUUGACCUGUGCGUUAAGACAAAGAGAGUACUUCCAGGUCUCAAGCCUAGAAACAGCUAAAGAAAUAUGGGAGACUCUAGAGAUUGCUCAUAAAGGUACAAUCAGAGUGAAACAGAGCAGAAUAAACACUCUCACCACAGAAUUCAAGCUUUUCAAAAUGAAAGACAGAGAAAGCAUUCAGGACAUGGAAGUGAGGUUCUCACAUCUUAUCAACCACUUCACUGCCCUCGGAAAGAAAUACAAUCACGAAGAUCAAGUAAGGAAGAUUCUUGGUAGACUCACCAACGAGUAG